UCGUCUCUUUAUACUUAGUGUCUGGGGGAGGAGUAAGCUUGACUUGUGGGCCCCCGGGAACUGCCUCUCUGUGGGCGGGGUUAGGGUACACGCCCCCACUACCCCCUGCGCACACACAUGUCCUCUUUACACACACAUGUCCCCAGAGAGGAGUGUGACUGUAGGGGACAAUGGGUCGAGUGUAGGGGACAAUGGGGGACAGUAUUACCGUGCAGGACACAGAGUAUGGGUCCAGAACGUGUUUUCCCAAACCAGAGCGAUGAGCUGGGAGACUCCCAGGAUGCUACUGUGGUGUGGAGUGGUGGUGAGGAAGAAGAAGAAGAUGGUGAAGUUCAAAGUGGGUAUCAGUACCAGCCCCUAAACCAAGAUCCAGAAGAAGGAACCCAGACAGAGGGAGAUAUCCAGGAGCGCCUGCAGGCAAUGCGACUGCACCUUCCUGAGCCUCCAGCAGACAGUGAAGAUGAGGAGGAGAAGGAAGAAGCUGCAGGCUCAAUUCCUAUGGAUGCAGCACAUGUCGAGCUGGUAAAGAAAACAAUGGCCGCUAUAAAGCUUCCCACCUUCUCGGUUCCACUUUGGGCACAGCAGAUUUCAGAUGCAGAAUGGGAACAUGUGGUUCAUCAGGCUGUCCAGUCACGGACAGCAGCACUUCCAUUUGGCAAGAAAUAAGAUGAUGGCUGGUGCUCUUCUAGAAUAUUGGACAGUUGUUUUGGGCCGGGUGUGUUUGCACAGGGAAUAGGAACCCCUAGAGGGUGGCGCAUGGGUACAGUCUAUAUGAAGUGUUUGUAAUGUUGUCUGGCUCCCCUCACACUAUGACUCCUUUACCCUCUCUGGACCAUCAGUUAUACCAGCAGCUGGCUUAGCCCUAACAGUACCAAGAAAAAUAAAUGUAAUGUGGUCAGAUCCUAGUUUUGUCAAUGUGCCCUUCCUUAUGCCUGGCAUUAUCAGUGCUGUCCACCUGCGGCCAGUGACCCCCUCCCCUCUUGUGUGGCCUGCAUAACAUGAAAGUCUGCCUGCUGUGUCUGCUUACCAUGAGUAAACUUUUAAAAGGUAUCAGUACUGAGAUGAACUGGCCACCCCUGCAUUGUUUACACCUCAAAUUCAGACUCUAAACGCAGGGGGGAUUAUACCUUUAAUCCCCCCCUGCAUUCUUCACAAAUGUGACAGGCUGGAGGGACACAGCAUUGUGUCACUGUAUGUAGAACAGUACGAAAUGUUCAUCUUAGAGUGGUCCUGAUAUAUUUCCCUGUCUCCUGCUCGGUUCUGCCAUCCAUAUACUCCCUGUGUGUGCCAUACUCUGCCUGCCCUAUGCUCCCUGUGUGUGUCAUACUCUGCAUGUAAAUAAAUCUGUGGCAGGCACUCAAAUAAAGACAAUCUUCCAUCAAGUUGUAGAAAAGGUUUAUUGUGUACUCUGCCUUAUGCGUUUUGUGUUACAAACACUUAAUCAUAGGCUGCCUAUGAUUAAGUGUUUGUAACACGAAACGCGUAAGGCAGAGGACACAAUAAAUCAUUUCUACUUGAUUUCUACAGCUUGAUGGAAGAUUGCCUUUAUUUGAGUGCCUAAUUUCGAAAAUGGACAGCACCGUUUUUUUGAGUAAAAAAGCCUUUAUUGUAACUUGGCUACGACCAAAAGAUACAGACCAUACUGUAUCUUUUGGUCGUAGCCAAGUUACAAUAAAGGCUUUUUUACUCAUAAAAACGGUGCUGUCCAUUUUCGAAAUUCUGCUGUAUCUGGUGGAUUGUGGCCACUACUGGAACGUGCACCGGACAACUUGAAGGAGUGUGUGCUGACUCAAGUACUUCACUUUAUUUGAGUGCCUGCCACAGAUUUAUUUUCAGUUGUCCGCUUCCCAUACUGAGGGCUCAGGGCGGUGCACCUGGGCCACUUCCUAAAUGUGGAGAGUAAAUACUCCACUCUAUGAAAACCCCUUCUCUGUCUAAUCAUAUUCUGCAUGCCCUAUGCCCCCUGUGUGUGCCAUACUCCGCCUGCCCAAUGCCCCCUGUGUGUGCCAUACUCUGCCUGCCCUAUGCUCCCUGUGUGUGCCAUACUCUGCUCCCUGUGUGUGCCAUACUCAACCUGCCCGAUGCUCCCUGUGUGUGCCAUACUCUGCCUGCCCUAUGCUCCCUGUGUGUUCCAUCCUCUGCCUGUAGGAGGUGAACCUGGUGGGAGUUUGUUAGCAUUUGGAAAUACUUGUUAGGGGGUCCCCAAGAUGUUUAAUCAUGUGCUGGGAUUUUCUGUGCUUUCCACAGGGGAAGGCGAGGCACAUGGAUUUAAGGGUAUGUCUUAAUAUGACUCAAUAAACUUGUUUCACAUAUGA